CCCGACGCCUUGCUGGGGAAAGCCCGGAGCCAGCGGGAGCUCUUCGGCUACCUGCACGGGGCCAAGAAGGAGACACGGUCGGAGCGGAAGCACCAGACGUCGGGUGCCUGCUACAAGCGGGACUACGAGAGCGACCGUGAGAACCGGUCCCCCGAGCGCUACUCCCGGGAGCAUCACCGUGGGGCCGACUUCUCCAAGAGCUCCCUGCCCGAGAGGGGCCGCUUUGACAAGUGCCGUAUCAGGCCCACGGCCUUCAAGGCGGUGGCUGGGAAGGGGCUGGUCUCCAUGCAGGGCCUGUCCUCGUCCAAGGGGCAGAAGCUGUCCAAGAGCAACGGGAGCCUGCAUACGCUGCUGUCGCAGAGCAGCACGGCGGCCUCGCAGCACGGCCCGCUCCGCACCCACCUGCUCCACGCCAUCAGCCUGGAUGAAGCCUCCGACUCCAGCCACAACUCCAUCCAGAGCUUCCCUUCCUACGGCUCCCCCCCCAACCCGCCGCCCUACGAGUCCACCUACUCGCUGGAGGACGCGGUGAAGCAGCUGGAGGACCGGCUGCAGGAGACGGGAGGAGAGCUGCGGCAGCUCAAGAGGAGCCUUAGCGAGACCGAAGACCCCUUCACGCAGGUGUUUGAGGACAAGCAGCGGCUGUGGCUGGACGAGCUGGAGGAUCUGAAGCAGAUGUACAUGGCCCGGCUGCAGCAGGUGACGCAGCAGGCGCAGCGCGGGCAGCGGGCGCUGCCCGCGGCGCAGCAGGAGAAGAAGCGGCUGCAGGAGGAGCUGAGCAUGCAGCAGUGCCAGUGCGAGGAGCCCAAGCUCCGGCAGCUGCAGGGCGAGCGCAUCAGCCCCAAGCUGGAGGAGACCAAGUGGGAGGUGUGCCAGAAGGCAGCAGAGAUCUCCCUGCUGAAGCAGCAGCUCCGGGACACCCAGGAGGAGAUGGCUCAGAAGCUGGGUGAGAUCUUCAGCCUGAAGACGCAGCUGCGGGAGGCCAAGGCAGAGGUCCAGGCCAGGGACUCCCAGCUGGCACAACUGGCAGACUCCUUCCAGAGCCCCCCGGAGCCUGGCGCCUCGCUGCCGCUGGCCGAUGACCCCAUGCCGGUGUGCCAGGACUUCCCGGGCUGCGAAACUGAUGACUCCAAGUGCCGGGGCCUUCACAGCGAGACAGCGGAGCCCUUGGAGCGGCAGGUGGAGUGGCUGUGGGCAGAGCUGCUGCGGGAGCGGCGCCAGGGCCAGCUGCAGGCGGUGAACUUUGAGCUGGAGAGGAAGACCUGGCAGGAGGAGAAGGAGAAGGUUCUGCGGUACCAGCGGAUGGAGAUUGACCACGGGAGCGAGGCGCUGGAGCGGGAGCUGCGGCAGCUGCGGUCAGAGCCCAGGGAUGUCGGAGCCGACUCGCCGUGGAUCGAGCGCGUGGAGUCCUCAAAGAUCUGA